CCUCCCUCCCUCCCUUGGCUCCACGUGGGGUGCCAAAGCCGUCUGGUGCCAAUGCCAAGCCUGCCUUUCCCCCCGAGACCAUCACUGAGGCUGCACACACGCCCAUCGCCUCGCCGCCACCAUGCCGCCCAAGUUCGAUCCUACUGAGAUCAAAAUAGUCAAGUUGCGUGCCGUGGGUGGUGAGGUGGGUGCCACUUCCUCCCUGGCUCCUAAAGUGGGUCCCCUCGGGCUGUCCCCCAAGAAGGUCGGCGAGGACAUCUGCAAGGCCACCACCGCCUGGAAAGGCCUCAAGGUGACCGUGAAGCUGACCAUCCAGAACCGUCAGGCGCAGGUGGAGGUGGUACCCACGGCCGCGGCCCUGCUCAUCCGCGCCCUCAAGGAGCCGCACAGGGACAGGAAGAAGGUGAAGCACGUCAAGCACAACGGCAACGUGAGCUUUGAGGAAGUGAUCAACAUCGCACGCAUCAUGAGGCCACGCUCCAUGGCCAGGACCCUGACGGGCACUGUCAAAGAGAUCCUGGGCACUGCAAACAGUGUUGGUUGCUCCAUUGAGGGACAGAGCCCCCUGGAAGUACAGCAGGCAGUGGAGAAUGGAGAGAUGGAAGUGCCUGACGAGUAGCAACUUGGUGCUGACAGGGAGUUAUAGUCAAUAAAAAGAACUACAGUA